AUGAAUUUUUCAAACGGCACUUCGACUGUAACGGUGAAUCAGCGGGACAACUUCCUCACAGCUGUGAUCAAUAAUGUGAUCGUCGUAGCCCUCUGCAUCUCCAUCAACUACAUCAACAGUACUCUGGUCCACACCUUCAGGAAGCACAAGGUCUAUCUUCAACUCAACCCUCGCUACAUCCUGUUCAUCCACCUGGUGAUAAACGACAUGAUGCAGCUGAUCCUGUCCACUCUCCUCCACAUCGUCAGCUACGCCCUUUACACCAUCAGAGUAGGUUUCUGCCUCAUCCUGCUCAUCAUCACCAUCCUCACCACCCUCAACACCCCUCUAAACCUGGCUAGCAUGGCGGUUGAGUGCUAUAUCGCCAUCUGCAUCCCCCUCCGUCACGGGCAGAUCUGCACCGUCAACAAAACCUACAUCCUGAUUGGUCUGAUCUGGGUUGCAAGUGCGUUCUCCAUCCUACCAGAUCUGUUCAUCCUGCUGGCCACAGAGCCGCUGCACUUCUUUCAAUCCAAGGUUUUGUGUGACAGAGAUUACGUGUUCAGGAGCUCGUACAGCCUGAAGAAGAGGGACGCUUCACACAUUGUGUUUCUGGUUCUGGUUUGGCUCACAAUCCUCUACACCUACUUCAGGAUUCUGUUUGCUGCCAAGGAAGCAACUGUAGACAAUACAAAGGCCAGAAACACUAUUGUCCUGCAUGGUUUCCAGUUGCUCUUAUGUGUGCUCACGUACGUGAAACCCAUGUUUGAACAAGGUUUGCUCUACUUGUUGCCCAGACAGUACCGGGCCAUACGCUUUGUCGCCCACGUCAUUGUCCAGAUCCUGCCACGGUUCGUUAGUCCCAUUGUCUACGGACUGCGAGACCACACCUUCAGGAUACAUAUGAGAAGGUACCUGCUUUGUAAAGUGAGCAUGAGGAACCACCCACAAAUGUCCUCGUGUCAAACAUGA